CCUGAGGGCAGGCGUCAUCAUCGCCCCUUCGAGGGAAAGAGAGAGUGAGAGACGAUGGUGGCCUGCGAAGAGAGGCUGCCCUCAGCUGUCCUCGGCUAACCUGAGUGAACGUGUCGGUGUAGUUGGGUCCAUGCGCAUUUCUGUCGGAAAGCAAGCUCGGCUAGCUUUAGGAGGCUUUUGUCGUUUUGGGAAUUAUGGAGGACGAUUGUGUGUGCGAGUACGACUCGACGUGGGACACCGAGAGUGAUGGAGAGGAGCCGGCCGGAGAUGGUCAACCUCGACGGUCGCGGACUUUAGUGUCGCGGCAUCACCCGCCCAGAAACAUGAGGGCAGCAAAGGACAUGCAGAACUACAGAAGAGGGUACCCUAAUCUUGCAGAUGACGAGUGCUCAGAAGACAAAAUGAACAACUUGCAAUUCUACCUCAAUAAAUUCCCCUCUGCACCCGAUGAGGUCUACAUUGAAUCCUUCCUCAAAGAAUGGAAAAAUGACUACAAAAGGCUGGAGAGAGUCCACUCAUACAUUCAGUGGCUGUUUCCUCUUCGUGAACCAGGGGUCAACUACAUGGCUUCUGAACUCACCAAGAAGGAGAUUGAGGCCUUUAAGAGAAACGAGGAUGCCAAAAGGAGACUAGUGGAGUCCUAUGAACUCAUGCUGGGCUUCUAUGGCAUCCGCCUGAUUAACAAAGAGAUUGGUGAGGUGACACGAGCAGAGAAUUGGAAAGAGCGCUUUGGGAACCUUGAGCGGAACAUGCACAACAACCUGCGCAUCACACGCAUCCUGAAGAGCCUCGGAGAGCUGGGCUUCGAGCACUAUCAGGCUCCGCUGGUGCACUUCUUCCUCGAAGAGACGUUGGUCAAGAAGAACCUCAGCAGUGUUAAACGCAGCGUGCUAGACUAUUUUCUGUUUGCGGUUCUGGAUAAACAAAAGCGCCAAGAGCUAGUGCGCUUUGCCUACCUUCACUUUGAGCCAAAGGAUAAAUUUGUGUGGUGUCCCAGAAAGAUUCAGAAACAAUUCAGGAAGGCAGAGAAACGCUCUGAAGCUAUUGGCAAUGGAGAAGGUAAGGAUGACGACCACUCAAGGGCUAAAAGUAAAGAUGGAGAAAAAGGGGUUCACUUUAAAGAGGGGGACCUGGAUAAUGCUGGCAAGGCGCAGAAACAAACGGAAACAAAUGGAGACAAAGUCAAACAGCCUGAGACGUCGCCGCACCCAAAAGCAGAGCAAAUGACAGUUGGGAAUGGCAAUUCGGAGUCCAAUAACAACAGUUUCGGCAACAGCACUGACUCAGCUGAUGACAUUGAUGAAAUGGAUCAGUCGCCCACUCCUGACACUGCGAGCGUCGAAACCGAGCCGGGGGCGGACAUCAAGUCCAAAGCUACAAACGUCUCACAGGAUCACAUCCAGGAAGCGGACAUCGUCAUGAUAACGGAUAGAGAUGAGAACACAGAGAAGCCGCCGAAAAAGAAGAGAGAAGACGACUCGUUAAUGCGACGCAACGGCUCCGCUGCAGACGUGAGCGGUGGUCAGCCGGGUGGAAAGACUGGCGGUGACACAGCCUCCGGCCAAAUGAGCUCGCCUGCUCAAACGCCCACGAAGACUUCAAAACACUCACCUUGCCUGUCAUCGGAGAGGGAAGAAAAGAUUCCAAGGACUGAUUUUACUCAAGUACCGGACAAAGAUGUGCACGCAAAUGGGACUACCCAGAAAACUGGGGAGAAGCUGACAUCUGAGAACAAGGUGGAGGAUAUCGACAUGGAGUCGAACCCCCCACUAGCUUAGACCCAGGUGUAGCCAAUACAUGAAGAGUUCUUAGUCCUCGAGGUGCUACUCUUCAGUGAAUUUCAGUCAAAUUGAUCGUCCUGCUGGGAUUGUUGGGUGUUGAGCGAAAAGGCUACGACCGCAGUCACUGUACAUUUGGAAUCUGCGAGACACGGAGUGGCCUUAACAGACCACCAUCAUUCCAUUUUGAGACUGUCACUCUGAAGUCCUGCAACAAGUUGAAUUGUUGCCCUUUGAACUUGAGGCUGUGUUCACACUUGCCCUUGCAGCGGUGCUAUGUAGAAAUACGUUUUGGAAGCUUUUUUGUGUGUGAUGUCCCAGCUCGUCAAAUUAGCCAAAUGUAAAAUAAAUGUAUUCAGCCUAGCAAACUGAUCCCCCCCCCCCUUUUGGUCCAAGGUGUGGGAAAGGCCUGUGUACAAAUGUGCGUAACAGGUUUCAUAAUCACUCCCACCCCUAAACUUUGGUCUGGACCAGCAUUCGGGACUAAAAGUGUGAACACAGCCAGAGAGUUGGUCCAAGUACAGAAAGCUUCAUUUUUUGUUAGAAUGCAUUGCACGAGUGAUUUUCAUGAUUUCUGUUUGGCAGACACACCCUCUGAAAUCGUGGCUGGCGUUUGACCAGUUAAAUGAGCAGUUUCUGUUUUUUUUUUUAUUUUUACGAUAAAUAGUUUUCCUUAUGUUGGACUGAUAAAAUGUAAACAAAAAUGCCACAACAUGGGUACCCCUGCAAAAUAAAAAUUCUGCCUCUACAAAUAUGAUAAUGCUAUGAGAGAAUGUUGUGAGUCUUGUGGUUGUUUGAAGUGUGCAACUGCACUGCAUCAUUCAUUUGGUUCUAAUACUUUGGUACUACAGUGCGGCGUAAUACACUGGGCGGCUUGCAUUGCUUCGCUUAACAGUGGCUCCUUAAGUUUUGUGACAGGAAUACUCCAUCUUGGUCAGUGUGAAAGACAAGCAUGGUGACCUUUUUGUCAAGGUUGAAUUGUUGAAGUAGUUCUUUUAUUGGUUCUGACUGGAUUUUGCACGUGUACCUCAUGUGGCUGGCAAGUUCAACAACCUACUGUGUCACGACAAAAUGAGAGCAUAAAUUCAAAAACAAGCAAUUUGUCAUGAAAGUCAAAUGUACCCUAGUUACAGCAUUAAAAUGACUUUCUUCAUUUCUUUCCAGAAUAUAUAAAGUACUAAUGUUAAUUUAAUUUUACACUUUUUUUUUUUUUUUUGCAUCGUUCUAUAAGAUGUUUUUGCACUGAAGAACUGGAAGGUUUGUGUUUCCCUUUGCAGGCUGUUUUUGCGUUGAUGCUGAAUUCGGAGAUUGUCAGACUUUGUCACCAUCCUGAAGUAAUGUGUGCGUUCACACGAGUGGGAAUUUGACUUUUGAACAACAGAAAGCCUUGCCAAAAAUGUGAUAGACUGCUUGAUUGUAUCAACAAUAUGUGUUUGUCUUUGCAAUUGGUCAAGCUUAGCUCAGAUCUGUAUUUUGAUUCUUGGCAUUUUGGAAUCAGUUUUUUUUUCUUCAACUCUUGCACUUCAUUGUGAAUAUGAUUGCGUUAAAUUGUUAAGACAACUUUAGUUCUUUCUAUGUGACUUUUCCUCCAAUUGAAAACCUGCUUGUUUAAGAGCCGAAUAAAGAUAUUUUCUGACACAUUGA